AUGGCGAAACGGAAGAGUACAUCUGCGAACACUGGUACUACUAGUGCAGGCCCAGCUACCACUCACUGGACUGAUGAAGAGACCUCCCGCCUCAUUCAGUAUCUCACACUUCAUUGCGCUGAAGGUGGAGAUGGUACUAACUUCAAACAGUCAACCUUUACCGCUGCAGCGGCUUAUUUAUUGAAGCCCCUGGACGGCAUUCCAAAGGAGGACCAUGUAGCUGGAAUCAAAAGGGAUGGGCUGUCAUGCAAGAACAAAUGGAUCACGUGCAAGAAAAAGCAUACCGCUAUCAUCGAUAUCAAAUCGCAAUCAGGCUUUUCGUGGGACGACGAACUCGGUGCAAAUAUCGGCCCAGCCGACGCUGCGCGUUGGACUGCAUUUGCAAAUGCGCGUCCCAAUACAAGGCCAUUCCGCAACAAAGGUUGGAAACACUUCGACGAGAUGGACAACCUUUUG